CUGGGCAGGGCAGGCAUCCGCUCGAGAUGCGCUCAUCAGUCUACUCCUCCACCUUGUCGCUGAAGUAUUCUCGCUGACCGCCCGAUCGUCAAGCAGCCGCCGCCGGCGCCGCACCAGGACGCGUCGCUGACGCCUUUGAAGCGCACUCGUCCAGUUUGGCCAGGGGGAGGGGCUUGUCGAAUCUCAAAGAUGCAGGAGGCCGGUGACACUCAGCCGGGAUCCCAGAGGGCCUUCAGCGUCCUGGAUCGUCUGCUGUUGACACACCCGGUGUGGCUGCAGCUGUCACUCAAGCAGGACUCCGCCAUCUACAUUCUGCUUCGAGAGCCUGUCGGGACAUUCUUGGUGCGCAAGUGCAGCUCCAGCCAGAGGAAGGUUCUAAGUGUGAGGGUGACGGCCGACAGGGGUUCUUCCUCGGUAAAGGAGUGCUUCAUCUGCGAGGAAGACUACACGUUCGCCUUGGAGAGCUCAGCACUCAGCUUCCCGGACUUGUGUCGCCUAGUGGCCUUCUAUUGCGUCAGCAGGGAUGUCCUGCCUUUCCCUCUACAGCUGCCCGACGCCAUUGCCAAGGCCACGACGCACAGGCAGCUGGAAGCUAUCUCGCACAUGGGCCAAGACUUCUGGAAUUCGCCAAGCGCGUCGGAACUUCAAAACGGACCGCUGACAUCAUCCGGCGGAAGCCCGAUUCAGGUUGCGGUGGCCUCAGACCGAAGGAGUGUUCAAGGCAAGCUGUGCUUUAUUAACCCGCUGUUCCUGCAGCUGGAAGUCUGCAAGCAAUCGGAACUCCAGAACCACAGUGCCUCAAACAAGCGACACCGUUUCAAGCGUAGUAUGCGGCUCCGCCUCUCAGAGUCCUCCAUGAACCUGUCCCUUGAAGGGGUGGGCUCCUACUCGCCACCACCGUCGGUAGAGAGACCCAGUGGGGCCGAUAGGCUGCACGACUCCAAUUCCCAGAGGAGAGUUCAUGCUGGAGCGGGGGUCCUAAGGAGAACCCCUGCUGUGUUGACAGGGUCUGCAGGUUCCGAGGAAGAGGAUAUGAUGGCUUUGUCGGCACGUCAAGUAAGCGGGUCUUCUUUACUUGAAAGACGAGUGUGGGAAAUAAAAUUGUGUAUGCCGUUUAAGGUGGACCGGCUUCCUGAUGUCCAGCAGUCACCGCCGGCAGAGAUGCCAGUCUUCGAAGUCGCUCUCCUGGCCCCGCAGCGCCAGCCGGCUCCGUCUCUGGCUGAGCUGGACAGCAACAGCUCCUUCAGCAGUCUGGACGAGGAAAAUGAUUCGGAUCCGGAGUCUGAGAGUGGUGUCCAAAGUCGAGUCGGGGGUUCGCGGCGGCCACCUCUGGUGCGCUCGCGAGGUCGCGGCGGCCUGCACCGUAUGAGCGAGGCAUUUGUAUGUUUCUUCGCUCCGGACAAGCGGCUGGCAAGACUGGUGGAGGAGCUGUCCCGGGACAGGCGCUCCAUCUUCGGAGGGAUGGUGCAGGAUUUCCUGCAGGCUCAGAGGGAGCUGCUCAAAUCUCACGCCGCCUCUUCGUCGUGUGCGACCUCUGUGGAACUCUUGCAGGGCGUGCGCCUCUUCCUUUCCCAGGCCAAGUGUUGUUUACUGGAAAGCGGCGAGCUAGAACCUCCCAUUGAAACAUUGGUGCCGGAAAAUGAGAAAGAUCUGGCCCUGGAGCGUGCCAUGUUUUCCUGUGUGCUCCGUCCUCUGAAAUCUCACCUGGACAAAGCCUUGACAGCGCUCCACCAGCGGGACACCUUCAGCCAGCGCUUCAGCCGAAACCUCAUGCGCGUGAAAGAUCAGGGCGCCGCAGAGCGCUUGGGCUUGCGCACCGGGGUCCCCGACGGUCGGCAGGUGGACAAGGUGAAGCAGAAGUUGGCUCUAAUGCGGCGCACACACUCACCUGUCGACAAGGUGUUGCUGCUGCUGCAGGUCUGCAAGUGCGUGCAGAAGGCCUCGGGUGCCGUCCAAGGGCAGGUAGUGAGCUGGGAGGACUUCCUGCCGGUACUCUCCUACGUGAUCGUUGAGGCCAACAGGCCUCACGUCCUGAUGGAGGUGGAAUACAUGAUGGAGCUCCUGGAGCCAUCCUGGCUCAGCGGUGAAGGUGGCUCCUACUUGACCAGCGUGUUUGCCAGCUUGCAUCUGAUCCAGAGUCUGGACCCGGACAAACCCGUAUCAGGCUGCGUGACAUCCGAGGCCCGGGAAGCUCUGAAGCAAUGGCGUUGUCGGCGAAGCCGUGAGGCUCAGAGGCAGAAGGAGAACCUGCAGAGCCAGAGGUGCGUUCGGAUACUAUUCCAGGACGGGGAACGGAGCGCCGUACGGACCUUGCAGUGGCGAGUGGGAGAGAGCAGCCAAGCCCUGGCGCAGCUGUGCGCCGACACCUUCGGCGUGUCUGACCCGCAGCAGUACACGCUAUACUGGCGCAGCGGCGGCGAAAUGCGCGCCCUACCGGCGCAGGCCCAGCCCCAGGACCUGGCGGGUCACAGCGAGGGAGGACCCUCCCUCUCCUACCUGAGGACCGACCAUGACUUCAGCAAGAUGCGGCGGCUCACCCGAGGUGGCGCCGUGGACCUGAGUGAGUCGGUGUGCGAGGAGUGAGCGGGAUCGACGUCCGCGGGGGGGCGUGGGGCAGAAAUUUGCGUCAAACGGACCGGGAGGAGGAGAAUUCCGGUUCUGCCGUGGAGGAAUGAGGUCACCAAAAAAACCUCUGUGCCAAAGUUUGACAAAGGAGAAGUCGGACGUCCGUGGACAUAUGAGCAGUUUUUGGAUGUCCAGCUCAAAGUCCAUGUACUAGUACGCUUUUUGUUCUUGACCAGAAGUCCCUAACAAUUAGAGGUCGACCAAUAUUGGAUUUUCAAAGGCUGAUGCCGAUUUUUUUGUGUUUAAAAUCAACUGAUUGCCGAUGUCUAAAGCCGAUUUUGUAAUUAUGAAAGGCAAUUGAAGCAAUCAUUAUGUACCGUAUUGGCCCGAAUAUAAGAGGUGUUUUUUGCAUUGAAAUAAGACUGAAAAAGUGAGGGUCGUCUUAUAUUAGUGUCUAGACAUUAUACCCAUUCACGACGCUAGAUGGCGCCAGAUAUCAUUGAAGCGAUGUUCUGUCAUGACAUAGCUCAGCUACUCUCAAGUUUAACCAGUUUGCAUUAUUUUAUUGCAAUGUUUUUCCUUAUUCAGAUUUGUUUCAGGAUUACAGUUAUAAUUAGAACUCACUUUGAUGGUUAUUGCAGUUAUUGCAAUUUUGUUGUUUUAUCACAAUAGAUUGGUUUAUUUUAGGGCUGUCAAAAUUAUCGCGUUAACGGGCGGUAAUUAAUUUUUAAAAUUAAUCACGUUAAAAUAUUUGACGCAAUUAACGCACAAAUGCCCUGCUCAAACAGAUUAAAAUGACAGCACAGUCAAAUGUGUACUUGUUGUGUUUUUUGGAGUUUUGGCGCCCUCUGCUGGCGCUUGGGUGCGACUGAUUUUAUAGACUUCAGCACCCAUGAGCAUUGUGUAAGUAAUUACUGACAUCAACAAUGGCGGACUACUAGUUUAUUUUUUGAUUGAAAAUUUUACAAAUUUUAUUAAAGCGAAAACAUGAAGAGGGGUUUUAAUAUAAAAUUUCUAUAACUUGUACUAACGUUAAUCUUUUAAGAACUACAAGUCUUUCUAUCUAUGGACCGCUUUAACAGAAUGUUAUUAAUGGUAAUGCCAUCUUGUUGAUUUAUUGUUAUUAUAAAGAAAUACAGUACUUAUAUACCGUAUGUUGAAUGUAUAUAUCCAUCUUGCGUCUUAUCGUUCCAUUCUAACUAUAAUUGACAGAAAAAUAUGGCAUAUUUUUCAGAUGGUUUGAAUUGCGAUUAAUUUUUAAGCUGUAAUUAACUCGAUUAAAAAUUUUAAUCGUUUGACACCCCUAGUUUAUUUACAUUUCAAAAACCAGAAGCCAUUCAUUUACGAAUGUGAUUGCAAAUGUUCAGAUAUUAAGAUUUGAAUGAGGCAAAAUACCAUGCUUUUUCUGUCAAAUAUAUUGUUGUAAUAAUUUUUUUUUCAGAUGUACUGUAAUUAUUUUCUGUAUAAAAAUUAAUUUGGGGUUCAAAAAGUCUUUUUUCAAACUUGAGUCUUGAAAAAGAGGGGGUCGUCUUACAAUCAGGGUCGUCUUAUAUUCGGGCCAAUAUGGUAAAUGCAUAGUAGAUUUUUGUCUUCUAAUGCUUACCUUUGCAACACUGGCCACUAGAUCGUGCAAAAUCACAAUUAACUAUCCUAUUAUAUUGGCAGAGUUUGAAAAAUGUCCAUAUAUCGGCCCGAUAUAUCGGCCGAUCGAUAUAUUGGUCGACCUUUACUAAUAAUACUGGUUGCAUAAAGCUGGCUAUGACAAAAGGAAUACUAGUACGCUGCUCUUUAUGAAACCGAUUUUCUUUGUUUUGGCUGUUUCUCUCCUACAAUCGUCGUGAGGUGACACCAGUGUGAAUCCGGACACAGAGUCAAACUGCCAAUAUGUGAAAAUUCACGUGCGUACAAGUGAAUUUUCCAGGAGUCGCCAUACCACGACAGUAUUAGCAGUCAAAGCGGAUGAGACCGGAACAGAACCCCGCUGAUUGUUCAACUUCGUCUUGUAUUUAAAAACUACCUUUGAUUGUUCGGCUUCCGGGUUGGAUUUGUGCAAGCUUUACCAGCAAGUGACGACGAUGUGUUUGAGCAUAAAUGCAUGUUUUUGUUUUGUUUUGUUUUGUUUUUUUAAAACUUAUUUUAUUUAAAGGCUCUGCGAAUGUGGUGUGCAUGUGUUUGUUUGACCUCACUAUUCCUUUUCACUGUAAUCGUGCCAGGUAACCUGCAAUUACAUUGAGAAUAAAAAAAUGCGUUGUUGUUUUUUUUUUUUAACUCUUCCAGUGCCAUUGACAGCGAUAGACGUCCAAUUUUUCUCAUGGAACAUUCUAUUCAAAUCAAGGGCGUAGGUUUGCAUAGGGACGGUAGGGACAUAACACUACCAACUUUCAAGCAUGCUGAAAUUGUCUCCAACUUUUAAGAACCUUAUUUGCAUUAUAUAAUGAUUUCAAUUAUAUGUGUACAGUAAUUUAGCUUGUCUUCCUAAAUGUUGUAAGGAUAUAAUUGACCCGACCAUUAUUAAGUGAAUUACAGUUAUUACAAUUUUUUUCUGCCAGCAGCAGCCACUGUAAGUAUUGUAAAAAGACAUCAAUGUUGUGGAAGUGGGGAACACACCACUAAUUUAGCUAAUGAAUGUCCGACUAUUAGGGGUGCGUGAGCAGCAGGGUACCCCAGAGCAGACAGAGUGUGGUGAGGAAGUUAUAUUUGCAAGCACAAGCGAGAACGUGGCAGGUGUAGAUCGCUCUGCUAGGGGUAGCUGGGAAGGAGGCAGGCGUGGAAUCCAACGAGAGGCGCGUUAAGUCAAGAUCUGGGGCGAGAACAUAAACGUCAUGAGCUCGGGAUCAGAUAAAAAAUCCAGUACGCGAGAAGCAACUAGUGUAGUAAACAGACUAGUUGAUUGGGUGACAAGGUGGCAACGUCCAAUGGCUUUUGAAGACUGGUGAUUGUCAUUUCAAGCACCUGUGGCCGCCUCACCCAUCUGACGUCCAGCCCGAAAUUAGGCUAAAAACACGCACACCUGCACAAGGUGUAGGACACCUCCUAACACCAACCUGCAUCCGAGUUAGCAUAACAUUAAUCUGAGUGAAUUUCUUGAAUUUAAGGAGGAAGCUGCGUUGAGUGAAAUACCCUACCCUGGGCUUGGUGGGCCGUUGGGUGUCCCGUGGGGUGCUGUGCCAGUUUGGGGGCUGCGGCUGUGACUCGUGGGCCGGGUGGGCGUACUGGGGUUGGUGGUGCUUUCCCUCUUCCUCCCAUCCCAGAAGGCCGGUUGAUAGGGGCGUGGGUGGCUUGGGAGACCACCCUGGAUCCCGGAGGAGGGGGGCGUAAUAAUGACGAUGGCGCCUUUGCUGGGCUGUGGGAGGAGGGAUUGGCUGCGCGGCCCUCCCCCAGGCUGGCUGGGUGGGGGCCAUGGCCCUGGGGUGGCACCCUCCACUCGUCUGCGUGGCUGUUGCCUGCUUGGUGGAGCUCGCACGCCGAUAAAUGUGAUUAGGCGCGCUCGGGUGGGGGGCCCAGGUGCCAGGAUUGGCGAUGGGGCGGCGUACGGUCGGUUGCCGACGAGUUUACAUUCACAAGGGAUUCGCAUGAUAACUGGUUUCUAGAUCACAGAGCUGAUUUGUGUAUACUCCCCCCCUCCCAAUCACUUAGCUUACAGACUCCCCCAGCCCCCUCCCCUUCUUUCCCUGGUCAACAGCCCCCCCACAUGGUGUCGACCGGAAAUACAUCUAGCUGACAAUAGCACCAACAUAUUCAUAGUUAGUGUACUAUAGGUGUUCAAUGUAUUUCUUGUUGUUGUUUGAGUUUCUUUUCUUUUGUUCCCCCAUAAUCCCUUCCUGUUCGCUGCUUUGUCAUAAUAAACGAGGUAUGUUGAAUGAUCACAAUGGGAGUAUGUCACACUGUCAAUGUGAAACAUUAAAACAGUUCAGACCAACCGGACACUUAGACUUCCAUUCUACGUGUCAAACAGGUGAACAAGACAGGUUA